AUGUGGUCAUUCUUACAGGACACCUCCACAAUGGGGUUGUUCUACAACUCCCUCUGGUUGAUCCAGAGCGUCCUUGGCCCCAAGGGCUGCACUCACUCGCCCGAGGACCGCGCAUGUUGGAAAGGUGAGUUCAGCAUCAAUACUGAUUAUAAAUAUGAAGUUCCAAAUGGAAAGCUUGUUGAAUAUGACUUUACCAUUUCCGAACACACUAUUGCGCCUGAUGGAUACUUGACAAACGUCACGAUUAUUAAUGGAAAGUUCCCUGGUCCUACUAUUGAAGCUAACUGGGGUGACACUAUCCAUAUCAACGGUGCCUAUGGUCCUGUGGUCAUCCAUGGUCCCACAAGCACAAACUACGACCACGAGCUCGAGCCUCUGCUCAUAAGUGACUGGUACCACGCUGACGCAUUCAGCAUGUUCCACGAAGAAAUCACCGACCACGCUCAUAUCCCUACAGGUACUUUGAUGAACGGCAAGGGUGUCUUUGAUUGUGACCCCGACGAAGAUACUCGCUGUACAGGCAAGGAAUGGCAGUCUUGCUACAUACAAUUCUGGAUGGACGGACACAACUUCACUGUUGUGGCUAAUGAUUUUGUCCCUAUUGAGCCUUAUGUUACCGAUGUUUUGAUUCUUGGAAUCGGUAUAUUUUCCUUCUACUGCUGGUUUACCGAUUCAAUUGCUAAUAUGUGGUUAACCCAACGAUACGAUGUCAUCAUCGAAGCCAACGCAACCCUGGAAUACGGUUCAAACUUUUGGAUGCACGCAACCCACUGCGACGAUGAAAUGCCCGUUCCUUGGGAUACUCGGAUCGGCAUAAUCCGAUACAACACCAACGAUAAAUCCAAUCCCUACACCCCCUCUGCUAGUACCCAUCACCCAGGCUACGGAUGCCGUGACCCAGACCCUUCCAGCUUGCGGCCCAUCGUCAAGCGACAGGUCGGCAAAGAAGUCAACGGCAUGUGCCCCUCGGAAUACCUGAAAAUCGGUCUUCAGAGCUGGCCCAACAUCUCCGACCCAGAUUCCGUGAUCCGCAAAUGGGUUCUCGCCAACCGCUCUCAAUCUGUCGACUGGCAUGACCCAUCCCUCAUGCAAGUCGUGUCCCACGACAAGGUCAAUCUGACCGAAGAAGCUGCCCCCAUCAACCUAGACUACGAGACCGGUGAAUGGGUCUACUUCGUGAUCGAGGGCAACUUCACAGACAUCAACGACCCUCCUCGCCCUAUCCCCCGCUCCGUGCAUCCCAUCCACUUGCACGGCCACGACUUUGUGAUCUUGGCCCAGGGCGAUGGCGAAUUCACAUCUGACAUCGUCCCCAAUCUGAACAACCCCGCGCGAAGAGAUAGAGUGAACUGUCCCAUUGGCGGCUACGUAUAG